AUGGUUGAAAUUGCUCGCUUAUACUCAAAUGAACAGAUAAUACCUAUUGAAAAUAUUUCUGGUUUCGUUAUGGUUAAAUGGUCAGCUGAUGAUGAAACGGCAUAUUUACCUCAUGACGAUGGAUUUGUCAAUGGUUUUCAAAUAAAACAACUUUAUGCCGAAUAUUUGCGUGAUCAAAAUCAAUUGUUGGGCGGUACAGCGAAUGCGAAGUCUGAAUCGGCUAGCGUUCAGUGUGACGUAAAUUUCGACAUAUCUCGUAACUUUGAUUUAUUUCAUAAUGCACUAAAAUACAUUGAAACAAUCAAACGAAACGAAAUUAAGAAAAGAAAUUUUCUCGAAUAUUCAAAAUAUUGUGAGAAUUAUAUGAAAAGUGAAUGUUCGAAGCUCGCUGGUCUUCAUAUCUCUGCGCUCUCGGAUGUACAAUAUUAUAAAGAUGUAUUCUCUUUCUUAAGUCCAGUUUUUGGUUUUCAAUUAUCGAACGAUCAACGGACAAAAAUUGAACAAAUUCUCGAUUUUUACUUGAAAUACGGAUCAUAUCUGAACUCUGCAAUGCUGAGACAAAUGCUGAUUGAACAAACUCAUCCAGAAUUGAGUUCUGGAGAGAUCGAUCUCGUUCCAUCGUUGAAACUGGAAUUCUGGCCAUCUGAUAUGCAAUGGUUUCUUAAUCGAUUGAAAAGAAAUCGUCCAUUAUUGUUCGAUAAAAUUGAAUCAUUGCACAUGCAUAUCGUUUCCAAAUGGUCGGGAAAAACAACAAAUAAACAAAUGCGCAAAACUCUACAAUUUCGUUAUUCGUAUUCAUUAAUCGAGAUUAAAUUAGCUGAACAGCGUUCAUUUAUUGAACAAAUAUUAAAUCGAGUAGCUCGUGGUUUAUUUUAUAAAUAUUUGCAUAAAAGUUCAAUAAACACAUCAUUGUCAUAUGGUGAACAAUGCAUACCUUCGUAUUUUGUUAAAACUACCAUUUUAUGGAUGUGUGAAACGAUCGAUUUAGAUCAUAUUUAUACUGUUGUGAAUAUUGACGAUUCUCGAGAAGAAAAACUCUUGGCUGAUCGAUUAGCAAAACGAUGGAUCGAAUAUGUAUGUUCAAUUUUCCAAUCACGUAUUUGUCCACAUUACUUUAUUAAAGAUUUGAACAUACUCGAUGGAUAUUCAAAACAAUAUUUAGAUGAAUUAAUAUUCAUUCUAAAAAAUAAUGUAGAUCUUGACGAUGAAUAUGUUUCAUCUACUCAAUUAAAUACCAAAAAUAAAAAUGAGAAAAUGGUACAAUAUCAAAAUUAUGCAGAACAAUUUACUUUGAAGAUGAUGGAACAACCCGAUUUUAUUGAAGAUUGUAUUACACUUUGUGCAGAUGCGCCAUUUAACAAUGAUUUUAUCAAAAUGUUCACCGACGAUGAGAACAAUAAUGAUGAUGAUGAUGAUUACAUGAGUAUGUCUGCUAUUUUACAGAGCAUUUCCUUACUACUGUUGAUGAGUUUGUUUGAUGACGAAGAUCGAAAUACUUGGCAACUGUGGAAAAAACUACUGAUAAGCGAUGUAUCGAACAGUUCUCCUGUUUUACAUUCAGAUCGAAAAUUUGGAAAAGAAAAUGUUGUCUAUCUUGCUCAAACAAUGACUUCGAUAAUCGGUGUGAAACUAUUUGAUGUUAUUCUGGAACAAACAGAGUUGGACACUCUACUCAAAUCGACAACUUCGCCACCAUUAGUCGAUAUGAAUAAUUUGUUAAAUGAGAACAUAAUCCGAACUUUACCAUUAUUGUCACAGUUAACGGAGAAUACAAUCUAUAGACGAUCAAUCACUCAAGAUCCAUCUGCAAAUGUCCAACAGUUUAACGAUGUUUUCCAAAACUUUUUUAGUUUAUUAAAUGGAAUAUUCUUUUCAAAUCGUACAAAUGUGUCCAACAUGUUAACUACAGAAAUAACGAAUACGAAAAGUCAAACUGAUUUCACGAAAGAUCAACAAUUACAAAAACAUCGAAUUCAAUUCGAAUUAAUUCCUGAUAUCGAAUUGGAUUGA